CCUCCCUUACAUAGUGAGGCCCCUGACGUAGGCUUUUGAGGGUAGCAACAGUUGCCUCGAGACCCCGUCGCGCUAUAGUGACUGUAGCCGUGGAGACAGUUACUUACCAACGGGCGCAACACUCAGCAACAGCGGCAGCAGCAUCUGGAAGUCACCGAGAGAGUGGAAAAAGAGAGGGCACAACUUUUCUGAAGGCAAAGCAUGCAGAACUCUGAGGGAGGGUCAGAAACCACGACCAGCGUGGCAGCGCUGCGGACGUCAUCAUCAGCCCAGGCUCCAGUGGUACAGCCUGUCCCAGCCUCUCAGCAGAGGGUGCUGGUUCAAGCCACAGGCUCAGCUCAGAAGGGAGGACAAGUACAGCAGCUUUCAGUACCCAGGGCUCAACAGGUCCCUCAGCAGGUGCAGCAGGUGCAGCAUGUCUACCCAUCCCAGGUCCAGUAUGUUGGAGAAAGUGGAGAUGCUGUUUACACCAAUGGAACAAUACGAGCAGCCUACUCCUACAACCCCGAGGCUCAGUUGUAUGGGCAGAGCAGUGGCGGGGCCUAUUUUGACUCUCAGGCUGGUGGAGGUCAUGUUACCACAGUGGUCUCCUCUGCCAGUGGUGGUGUGCCCCCCCAUGGCAUGGUAGGCAUUGCCAUGGAUGUGGGCAGUAGUCACAUCAUCUCCAGUGGCAGCACCUACCUGAUCCAUGGCGGAAAUAUGGAGGGAAGCCGUAACCACAUAUCGCACUCAUCGCGCUCCUCCUCAGCUAUGCUUGAAAUGGCGAUUGAAAACCUCCAAAAGUCUGAAGGAAUUGCAAGUCACAAAAGCAGCCUGCUCAACAGCCAUCUGCAGUGGCUUCUGGACAACUAUGAGACAGCAGAGGGAGUGAGCCUGCCCCGGUCCUCCCUCUAUAACCACUACUUGCGGCACUGUCAGGAGCAGAAACUGGACCCAGUUAACGCGGCCUCCUUCGGCAAACUCAUCCGCUCAGUCUUUAUGGGCCUGAGGACCCGCCGCCUCGGCACCAGAGGCAACUCUAAGUAUCAUUACUAUGGCAUCCGGGUGAAGCCAGACUCACCACUCAACCGGCUGCAGGAGGACACCCAGUACAUGGCCAUGAGGCAGCAGCCAGUCCACCAGAAACAGAGGUUCAAGCCUCUACAGAAGGUGGACAGCAUGUCUGACAGUCUGUGUGUGAGCUCUCAGCACUGCAACAGCACUCCAGAGCAGUCGGUGGCUGCUCAAAGCCAGCACCACCAGCAGUACAUAGAUACGUCUCACACCUUGCCUCCAUUUCCAACUCCUGACUUGGGCACCCAGUCUCUGCCUGAGCGCAUCAACGUGAAUGAUAUCAAGAAGUUGCAGACACUCUACAGAGACCACUGUGAGGCUACUUUGGAUGUGGUGAUGAAUCUCCAGUUCCACUACAUUGAGAAACUCUGGCAGACCUUUUGGUAUUCAACACCGCCAUCUAGUGAUGGAAGCACAACCAUUCCCAGCAGUGAUGAUGACCCAGAAGGUGUGAUUCCCAGAGAGAAGCUGGUGUCUCUUUGUAAAUAUGAGCCUGUCAGGCUAUGGAUGAGGAGCUGUGAUCACAUCCUUUAUCAGGCCCUGGUGGAGAUCCUCAUCCCCGACGUGCUGCGACCCGUUCCCAGCACUCUCACUCAGGCCAUCCGUAACUUUGCCAAGAGUCUGGAGGGCUGGCUGACUAAUGCCAUGACCAGCUUUCCGCAAGAGAUUAUCCGCACUAAGGUGGCCGUGGUCAGUGCGUUUGCGCAGACUUUGAGGCGUUACACCAGUCUGAACCAUCUGGCCCAGGCGGCGCGUGCCGUCCUCCAGAACACUUCCCAGAUCAACCAGAUGCUCUCCGACCUCAACAGAGUGGACUUUGCCAACGUCCAGGAGCAGGCGUCGUGGGUGUGUCAGUGUGACGAGAGCGUGGUGCAGCGUCUGGAGCAGGACUUUAAGGUCACCCUGCAGCAGCAGAGCUCUCUGGAUCAGUGGGCCACCUGGCUGGAUAACGUGGUCUCUCAGGUCCUGAAACCUCACCAGGGCAGCCCCAGUUUCCCCAAAGCCGCACGCCAGUUCCUGCUCAAAUGGUCUUUCUACAGCUCCAUGGUGAUCAGAGAUCUGACCCUGCGCAGCGCGGCCAGUUUUGGCUCCUUCCACCUUAUUCGCCUUCUUUACGAUGAGUACAUGUUUUACCUGGUGGAACACCGAGUGGCUCAGGCCACUGGAGAAACUCCUAUUGCUGUCAUGGGAGAGUUCAGCGACCUAACCUCUAUGAUGCCAUCACUCAUGGAAAAAGAUGCAUCUUUCUCUGAUGAGAUGAGUGAUUUGGGCAGCGACGCCGAUACAUCCAGAGGACCCACUGAACCAGCUGUAAAGAGAGAGAGGAUCGAAAUGAGCCACCCACUGCAGGAGAUGUGAGUCCGGUAUGAACCGGGUCAGACCGAGAGCCACGAGAACCGGCAUCUCACUCUCAUUAGGAGGAAGAAAAAAAAGUUGCUUUUAAAGCCUUUUUGGAAUGUCGCCCGUGGCUCUUGCUUCAAAUGUCCUCCUGCAGUCAGUGUGUGCAAUGUACAUAGACAAGAGUGUAGCAAUGCCCGUCCUCCCCUCACUAGCAUUUAUGAAAAGUGAACGUUUCUCAAGAAUCUCACGUUUUUUUUUUCGUUGUUAUUUUUGCACCACUAUGUAAAGGUCUGAGUGUCUUUGUUGCAACUGUGAAUUAAUUUGUGCAGUAUCUUUUUUUUUUUUUAUUUUUAUUUUUUUAAAGAAUCUAGCUGUGCCAUAGUGUCAUUUGAGUGCCUUAGAUCGCUAACUUUGAGAUGUCUCUGUCCCUCAGCUGUGCCUCUACCGCAGUAUGAAUGUAUCGUCUCCAAACCUCAAAUAUUCGAAGCACCUUUAACAUUGAUUACGUGUAGGUGUGCUCUCCUCGUUGCCUCUGCUGCAGCUCGUAGCAAAUGCAUGGGAAAAAACAAACAAAAAAAUAUAACAUGAACAUGCAACCUGUAGAUCCAAAGGACCUCUCCCUCAGUCGCUCCCACCAGCCGAGCCAUAGUUCUGGCUCCGUGUGUCAGGCAGGACCUCAUAAUGUCGCAGUAGUCAGUAAGGCGGGGACGCUCCCGCUAUCAGCUUGGCUGUGUAAGAUGUUGAUCUAUUUACCUCAGAUUUUUAUGCUGUUCCUCAUUCGGCUCAGAUGAUGAGGCAACUAUUAACAAAAAAAAAAAAAUGUAGCCGUUUUGUGUUGUGUCCCGCACCCAUUUCCUUUUUUUUGUGUAAAUAGUUUGUGUUCCUCCUAAUGGUUUCAGUGUUGUGAUGCAGACCUGUGGUAGUUUCCUCAGCUGCCACGCAGUCAGAACAAAUCCACAGUAAUCAGCUUUAUAGAGACGGGAUGUUAAAGCCUGAUCUGGAAUCUGGUCUUGUUCAUUUCAAGCAAAAAAAUCAACACCUUGAAACCAGAACCCCCCCCCCAAACACACACACUAAAAGAUUUAAUUGGUGUCUGAGCUGACGACCCCCCACCCCCCUUCACGCUUUGUUUGAAAUAGGUAGAAAAAUAUGGUGCAUUAUUUGGGGAAUUAAUCCAUAAAUUAUAUAUAUAUCUUUAUAUGAUGUAGACAGUGCGUGCUUUGUGGCCUUUGGUCUUUGCCUAAUCUCUCUGUUCACGCUGUUACCUGGUUGGUCACAUUGUAUCAGAAAGAAAUGCUUUGUGUAAUGGAUUAGACUGACGUAUGUGAUGAAUCUGUAUCCAAUCUCAGCUGUUCAAUGUAAUGAAAUUUAAUUGUUACUGCAGUGCUAAGCUCCCAGUAAGCUAUUAAGCUGACAAGAAAAAAAAUCUAUUUAUAUGAACUAAUCUGAUUUAAUGGACUUGAGUUUUGUAUUGAAAUUGGUCCCACCCCCUCCCCCCAUUUCCCUCACAGAUGAUUUUGUUGUAGCAACGAGAAUCUUUGAAUUUGAGUUUAAGGCUUUUUGUAACUUGUGCCUGUCACAGUAAUUUGCCUUAAAGUGCUUUGAAAAGAAUAAUUUCUAUGUGUACUUUGUAAUGUUUUGUAAGGCUGUUUUAGAUUUUUUGACGGAGGAUUAUUUUUUAUUGAACUAGGUUCUUACAAGCAUACUGAACCCUUAUUUUUGUGUAUUUUUAAACCUGUUCUUGACUACACUUUAGCCUGAGGACAGAUGGUCUGUAAUAAACUGCAUAGUUCAGCUGUAUUUUGUACUUGGUCACAAUGUGUAAUAAAUUGAUGUAAACAAAAA